AUGGACCUGCCAGAAGGCCAGGCAGGUGGCUCUGCUGCAGAAAUGUACCUCUGGGAGCAGCCUGAGGAGGCGAGCCUGGGGACGCUGCUCAGCUUAGAGGAGCAAAUACUUAACUCUACGUUCGAAGCUUGUGACCCUCAGAGGACAGGCACUGUGGCUGUGGCCCACGUGCUGGCCUACCUGGAGGCUGUGACCGGCCAGGGCCCCCAGGAUGCACGCCUCCAAACAUUGGCCCAAAGCCUGGACCCCAAUGGAGAGGGCCCUCAAGCCACUGUGGACUUAGACACCUUCCUGGCUGUCAUGCGGGACUGGAUCACUGCCUGUCAGCUGCAUGGGGGAUUAGAGCUGGAAGAAGAGACCGCCUUCGAGGGAGCCCUGACCUCCCAGCAACUGCCAUCUGCACGCCCAGAAGCUGAGGAGCCAGCCAACCUGGAGAGCUUCGGAGGCGAAGACCCCAGACCUGAGCUGCCUGCCACAGCUGACCUGCUGAGCCGCCUGGAGGACCAGGAGCUCAGCAACCGACGUCUGGCUGAAGAGAAUGCCAAACUCCAGCGGAGUGUGGAGACAGCAGAGGAGGGGUCAGCACGCCUCGGGGAGGAGAUCUUGGCGCUGCGCAAGCAGCUUCGAAGUACCCAGCAGGCUCUGCAGUUUGCCAAGGCCAUGGAUGAGGAGCUGGAGGACCUGAAGACUCUGGCUAAGAGCCUGGAGGAACAGAAUCGCAGCCUUCUGGCCCAGGCCCGGCAGAUGGAAAAGGAGCAGCAGCGUUUGGUGGCUGAGAUGAAGACUCUGCAGGAGGAGAACGGGAAGCUGCUGGCCGAACGGGAUAGAGUAAAGAGGAGGAGUGAGGAGCUGGCAAUGGAGAAGAACACUUUGAAGCGGCAGCUGUAUGAGUGUGAACGCCUCAUUUGCCAACGGGACACCAUCCUCUCUGAGCGCACUCGCCAUGCAGAGAGCCUGGCCAAGACCUUGGAGGAGUACAGAACGACAACCCAGGAACUGAGGCUGGAGAUAUCACGCUUGGAACAGCAGCUGAGUCAGACCCAUGAGAGGCCAGAUGAACUUCCUGAAGGAACCCAGGCAAGAAGAGUGAGGUGGACCAAGCUGCUGCCCCCAUCACUGGGCUUGGAGAUUGAGGCCAUUCAGCAGAAACAAGAAGUGGCAGCAGCUGAUCUCUCCAGUCCUCUGUGUGGAGUGUGGCGGUGGGAGGAGGUUACCAAUGAGACCGAUGAGGAAGCUGAGUUUCCACCUGAAGCCCCAGCUGGGGGACAGAAAAACUUCCAGGGAGAGCCAGCACACCCUGGAGAAGGAAGAAAGGAGCCAUCACUGUGGUUGCCCAGAAGAGAGAAAGAGGAGGAAGCAGAGAACCAGGUCACGGCCAAUACUCACAUCACUCUGGGAGACUCUCACACUCGAGACAUCCCAGGAAGCCCUCCUGAGAGCCCUGCCGAGCCCCAACUUCAGCAAGCCCUGGUGCCUGUGAUGGAGCUGGUCCCAAUCAGGAGGAGGCCCUGGGGCCAGCUCUGCCUGCCCCUUCAUCAGCUCAGGGUCACUUGGAACCCACUAAUCCCAGCCCCAGUCGUGGGCCUCCUGCUGCUGCUGCUGCUCUCUGUCCUGCUGCUGGGCCAAUCCCCAACCCCCACCUGGCCCCACCUCCAGCUCUACUACCUCCAGCCCCCGCCAGUGUGA